CAAAUCCGCGAUCCCGUGGUAAAUUCACCGCGAUCCCACGGUGAAUUCACCGCGAUCCCACGGUGAAUUAUCCACGAUCCCACGGUGAAUUAUCCACGAUCCCACGGUGAAUUAUCCGCGGCGAGGCGAGCGAGAGUGCCGCUCUUGUCUGCUGGUGACCGCUCUUGCAGAUGGCCAUGGCUGUGGCCGUUGAGCAGCGCAUCUCCUUCCUGGGCUUGAAGCCGCCCCGAGAGGUUGAGGUCAUGGUGGGCCUUGUCCGAGAUAUGGACGCCAGUAGCUUCUGCCUCAUACUCGAUGCUGGCGUGGCGUUGGGUGCUUUUGCAGUAGUGGCCGCAUCUCUGGAGGGGCGCGACUGCUCCCGAGAUGUGCAGGCGUUGGCCUCCUCACUGCCGCUGUCUCGUGAGCACCUGAGCCAUGUCAUCUCGGGGACAUACACCAUCCUACAGACCGCUCUGCGACUCUCCACGCUCAAACAAGAGAUGUUCAAAGAUGACCUGCAGCACCUCCGGAUACCUGAAAAACACGUGGCCGAGUUUGUGAAUGUCCUUUAUGGGAAAAAGCGAGAGGCCCUGGAUGCCGCAUCGCUGCAGCCGCAGAGGAGUUUGCCGCAGCUGGAGAGCUGCCGAUGGCGAGUGGAUGUGGCAAUCUCUACCAGUGUUCUGGCUCGUGCCUUGCGUCCCUCCGUGUUGAUGCAGUUCUCAUUGACCGAUGGCUCCACACACCAAUUUGAGGUCCCCGUGAGUAAGUUCCAGGAGCUGCGAUACAAUGUGGCACAGCUGCUCAAGGAGAUGUCCGAUCUGGAAAAACGAAGCAUCCUCCGCAUCCAGGACUGAGUUCCCGCCGGCCUCAAAAUACUGCACCCCUUAACGUCCCAAUCACAAUCUAAUCUAAAUUAUUUUAUUUCACUCGGCAAGGCCCACUGAGCUAUAUAGCUCUUUCUAAGAAGCAACUUGUCCACAAAUUGGAGCUCAACGAAGUGGUUUAUGUGGAAAUGUAUAGCAGCCAAAUAUUCCAAAUGCCCGUUGAUUAUAAAUGUGGAGGGAAAAACCAGAGAACCAGAAUAAAAAUCCACGUGGCCAUGGGGAGAACAUUAAAACUCCAAAUAUACAGGGUUCAGGGUCGGGUUCAAACCCACGACCUUUUGCAUACCAGGUGAAGGAGAUAUCAUCUCACCACCGCAGCUCUUCAAUCUACCCUCCAACAUCCCGUUCGCAAACCUUCCCAAUCUCUUAUCCAUCACCUGCAAUAUACUGUCCAUUAUACUUCACUUUACUGAAGCCAACUUAACUCUUAAUGCGUAAUGAACUCUGAAUGCACCAUUGUAUAUUCUGGAGUACUUCUGCUAUAGACCACGUGGUGGGCAGCAGGGCGCACUGUGGAAAUCCAUUGUACUGUACAGGCAAAUGUUUUGAUGAAAUUCUGAUCCAAUAAAGCUCACCAGUGGCUUAA